AUGGGUGUCUCUAAUUCUGUUGCACUGGUGGUUGUUCUUCUAGUUGCAGCUGCCAUGUUCACCGUGCAGCUAGGUUUGGUCACAGCAGCAGCAGCAGCAGUUGCAGAUGAUAAGAAUAUUAUUAUAAAUAAUAGGGAACUGAGAGAACGGCGGCCACCUCCAUUUCGUCCAAAAUCACCACUUGCAAACCAACAACCAGGCAUGAGACUUCCUGCUCCCGAUCCUCCACCUCCUCCUCCUCCUCCCCCGCCCACGCUUCCAAACAACUUCAACAAUAACCGUGCCUGA